AUGGAGUACCUGGACGGCGCUGCUAGCUUCGGUGGAGAAUGGAGGAGCAAGACGAUGUGGUCGGUGCUGAUGAAACAGAAGCCGGUGAUGCAGAGGCCGACCAAGGGUGAAGAAGUCGCUGAAGAGAAAUUUUGUUCAAGGAGGGGGAAAAGAAGUUUGAUCGAUUUGUUUGGAGGCGUCACUGGUGGAGGGUCGGCCAAGGGCGGCUCUGCUCGGAACUGGGCCUGUCUUCACCUUUUCAUGUACUCUGUUAACCUUGAUGUUGAAACUAUUAUGGUUGCUGGGGGAAUCCAACUACCAUUUACCAGUUUCUUGAUUUUGCAGGCGAUUGGGUGGGGGACCCACAUACCAUCCCUUCCAUAG